GUGGAGUCUGGGGUCCCCAGGCCAACUCCUCCACGGAGACCCCACUCCCACCCAUUUUCAGGGGCCCUUGUAUAGGUGGCAGCCAUGCAUGCUUGGAGUUCUCAGAGUCACAAGAACCUCAGGCUGUGGACCCAGGAGCCUCAGGGAACCAAGACUGGAGCCUUAGCACGGCUCCCAAUGACUUCUGUGCAUACCACAGUGGCAGUAAGAAGGCCUGCAACUGUAUGCUGGACCAGGGGAGGGGCUUAGAGCACUUAUUGAGCCCUGACCUCAUCUCAAGACUACCCCCAGGAAAAGCCCAGCUAGAAGAGGUCAUGGCUGCUGCAGCCCUUACAAGCCUAUCUACCCCCACCACCCCUUUAUCUGGGAGACCCAGAUGCAACGUUAAGCCCAGGUCUAUGAAGAGACAUCUGGACCCUGAGUGCCCCUCACUGAGGUCAAAACAGUACCUCCACUUUGCUGGCCAUGCUGCUUCCUGGCCAUGCCAAGCACCCCUACCUUUCCUCGGCCAAAUUCUCUUAGUUGUCCCCAGUCCACAAGGCUCACCUGAACAGGUGGCAACUCACAAUCAGGGACUUGGAGAGAGCCAGCAGGCAGCAAUUUCUGCAAAGAAGCUUGAGCCUUCCAAGCUCCUGAAUGGAGUGUCCCUGCAGAGUCUGGCUUGGAGCUCUGGAAGGAGGCCCUGGUUCAUCUCUCAGCCAGCUACAGCAGCAGCAGCAGCAGCAACAGUGGAAACAGGCUGGGACCUGGCCAGCCACCAGUCAUCUCCAUCCACUCCGUUAUCCCUGCUGCCCCCUGAAGCAACUCACUUUUUGUUUGAGGAAGUCACCCUAGAAAAAGGAAGGAAGCUCCAGGGUGAUGCCAAGAAGUGCUGGCAAGCGUAUGGCAUGGAUCACAGGGACCUGUGGCGCAAAGCCUGCUGCUGGACAAAAGCCUGCUAGCAGUUCCUGGCCUCAGCCCAUCCUUUACUGCUGCCUGGCCUUUUUCCCACUCCCAGCCUGAAGCUACAGCAAACCUGGACUCCUAGAGGUGGAGGAAUGACUGACUACUGAAAAUGCCUUGGAAGAAACCAGCCUUUUGCACUAAAGCCAAAAGUCAUGUUGUCCUUUUGGUCCCAGGGUCAGCCUGCCUCCCUUGUCAAAGAUGUCAGUGGGCUCUGGGGUGUCAGGGAGAGUAUUCUCCUGCCCACAUUUAAGGUAGUGGUUCCAGGUCCCCCUGGGGCUGACAUUUUACCAUGUUAAUGAAGCUCAGGUGUUUUGUGUCUGGGAGAAAAAUUAAAACCUGUGGGGGUUGAUUGUUUGUUUAGUUUUCCAGAAA